CUACGGUAUGUAAACAGCGCUGAGAGAGGUCGAACGGAGGCUCAGAGGUACAAUGGCGUGCAUGCGCGCGUGCGUGUCACUGCAUAAGUGGGUGUUUUGGGCCGAAAAGAUAGUGGCAACGAUGGUGGGGGUCCCGCUGCAAUACGCAAGGCUUUGGGAAAGCCCGUACAAUCAAGCCAUACGCACACUAGAAUCUCUAGAGUAAGGAGCGAGCGCGGCCGGAGCGCAGAGCGUGCCUUAGCGAUUUGCACCCGCUAUAAAGUUGGUGCUCAUCGUCAGUUGUGUAGCUUUCAGUAGUCAAACAAAUACCUACCUCAAUCAACCACGAACUAAACUACCUCAUGUUGCCUACCUCGAUAUUGGUCAACUCCCUCGUCAUAAGCCAAAACUCUAAGCACACGUCGCUUUGUUGUGUUUCUCGGUCGAGCCAAAAAAUGACCUACAACAAUCCACACCUCUCGAAAGGAACACCAACUACAGACACGGGUAAACAUUGGGAGCGGGUACCGAAAAUGGUGAGCUUCUACCCGGCGGAGGGGCUGUCAAAUCGGGAGGCUCCACCGAUGCCGAUUGCGAGUCGAGUGACAGAUAUAGUGACGAUGAACUCUGUGAAAAAUCUGGUGUGCAGUCCGGACGUUACGGUGUUUACAGGACCGCCAGGAGAGUCUCUAGAGUCCAUAACGGAGGACAAACUGUACCAGUGUUUAAUGUGCCACAAGACGUUCAGCCAAAAGAACGUUUAUCAAAGUCACGUAAGGUCGCACAGCAAGGAGGGCGAGGAUCCGUACCGGUGCAACAUAUGCAGCAAGACAUUCGCCGUCCCAGCGCGCCUGACACGCCAUUUCCGGACACACACGGGUGAGAAACCGUACCAGUGCGAAUACUGCAACAAGUCGUUCUCGGUGAAGGAAAACCUCAGCGUCCAUCGGCGGAUCCACACCAAGGAAAGGCCCUACAAAUGCGAUGUCUGCGAACGGGCCUUCGAACACAGCGGGAAGCUCCACCGCCACAUGCGGAUACAUACAGGCGAACGGCCCCACAAGUGCUCGGAAUGCGCGAAGACGUUCAUCCAGAGCGGGCAGCUGGUGAUUCACAUGCGUACCCACACGGGAGAAAAACCGUACGUCUGUAAGGAGUGCGGUAAGGGUUUCACCUGCUCUAAACAGCUGAAGGUGCACACGCGGACGCACACCGGCGAGAAGCCGUACACCUGCGACAUAUGCGGAAAGUCGUUCGGCUACAACCAUGUGCUGAAGCUGCACCAGGUUGCGCACUACGGCGAGAAGGUAUACAAGUGCACGCUGUGCCACGAGACCUUCAACUCGAAGAAGACGAUGGAGCUACACAUAAAGACGCACUCCGAUUCUCCGGGUUCGAGCUCCCCGCGGAACGCGUCACCCGUCGAGCCGGUCAUCGAGAUUUCGCAGCUGGGCUCGAAUGGCGGGGUCGGCAGCGACAAGGAGAAUAAGACUGACCCUGCGGUGCAGGCAACCGGCUACUCGCAGUCCCGCGACUUCGCCUACUACCUCUACCCCCGCGACCAAUAUAGCGGUCACGCACCGAGCCCCACUGGUGUAAAUCCGGCGCUUCUUGCCGCUGCGGCUGCGGCCGCGGCCGAGGAGCGCACCUUCCAGCCCUCGCCCGAGACUUACUACCUCUACCCACCACCCGCUGCCGCUUUUUCAACUUACGGUCUGCCCGAUCCCGCCGCUGAGUGCGCGCUGCUAGAUCUCCCCGGCAACGCUGCACGCCUUCGCGUCGAGGCUGCCCUCGAAGUCGUUGAAGAACAGCGGCAGCGGGAGUGCGGCCUCCAGCGGCAGCCCAUCCUCACCCCUCCGAGCAGCAACCCCGUCAGCCCGGCCCCAUCGCCUGAUCCGCUCGAUCUCGCCGUUCCAGUCAGGGAGACGCUUAUUCUUCCACCCCGGAAACGAAGCAAGAUGAUACUAGAGUCUAUGGAGAGCGAGAGGACUGGCAUCGCCUUGCAGAGGCAAAGCUCUGUCAUUCAGUACGCCAGGGCGUCGUAGUUCGUUCUUCGAAGGGGAGACUUCGUCUAAUCGCUAACAGACUUUUCAAAGUGGCCUGUGUGUUUGUCGUUGUAGCGUAAUAUGAACGAUUUUUCAAGACUUAUGGUCAUCGGGUACCGUCACGAUUUAAUCCUUCUUGCAACGCGGGGGAGAACUAGAUUGCAUUGAAAUCGUUAUAACGCGCCUCUGAUCGCAAUCUGUCGAAACAAAUGAUUUUUCACUAUGACUGAACGUUAUGUAUAAUGUUUAACAUAAGUGAUUAAAAUUUUCCUAUUAUUGACAUAGUGUCAUCGUCAGUCGCAGAUUAAACAUUAAAUAUUUGUAUAAAGCAGAGAAACUUGUAAUAAUUAGUUCU